GGGGCCACUCUCAUCCUCCUGGUGACGUCAAUGAAACUACUGCGUCAUGGAUUCUCGGGGGCUACGCGUAUGUUCCUUAACUUCUUCUUCGCUGAAGUUUUGUUCACCUGCGACUUCCCUGGUCUGAGUGAGACUUUCCCUGUGGACUACUUCUUUGUAUCCAUAUUUUUAACCAAGGCAAGUCUCUCCUCUUUUUAUGUGCAUCUACUUGCCUACGCAUUGUCUGAUGCCUAUCACUUUACAGUGCUUUGGGAGGAUAUGAUGCAGGAAUAA